AUGGCUACUCCAAAGACAGCUAAAACUUCGACGGCCAAAACUCCGACUGCUCCAAAACCGAUAGAAUCUUUGACUACUCCAAAACCAGCUGAAUCAUCAAACAUCAACAACGAUUCCACCCCGAAAGCCCCUGAAUCUGCACCCAAGAAGGGUUUCCCUCGAUGGUCCGUUGAAGAGGACAAAAAAUUGUGUAUUGCUUGGUUGAACACAAGCCGGGAUCCCAUCGUCGGAAACGGACAGAAGGCAUCGACGUUCUGGGAACGAAUCCACAACACCCUCUCCGAACUCAUUACCGAGUACAAUGAAGAGAAGAAAAAUUCUAAAGGGUUCAAGGAACUUCCGCUACGACCGGUUGGUGCGGUCGAAUGUCGCUGGGCACUCAUCAUGAAGUUGGUCAACAAAUUUUCUGGAUGCUAUGCAAAUGUUGAACGGCGCAUGAAAAGCGGCAAGACUCGCGAAGAUAUGAAAAUCGCAAAGCUUACCGAGGCCAAAGAAUUAUACAAGGCAACCUUCGAAUCGUCAUUCAAUCUCGACCAUUGCUGGGGAAUCUUGAAGGACACCCCGAAAUGGCAGGCGACUCAGCAAGAAAACGAAGCUCGAAACAAAAAAGGCAAGCAAUCUGGGGCAGCCCCCCCUUCUUCUGAUAUCCCCAGCUCUACGCCUGCGACCUCGGCUAUUGAAGUUGAAGAUGAGGAGUCCGAAGCGAGUCGAUCGGUCCUGGGGAAUAGUCGUUCCGAAGGUCAAAAAGCAGCCAAGCGCAAACGAACGGAGGAGAUCUCACUCGAUAAGCUUGUUUCAAUGCAGAAAGAUCUCAUUGAAAUCUCGCGCGAUCGGUUGUCAUCGAUGAAGGCUGCCGCACAAUCUACGUCGGACGAUGCGAUUAUGUCAAAAGAUCUCACCUUGCUUGACACAGAGAGUCGUGCAUACUAUCAAAGGAAGAAAAGGGCGAUCAUUGCCCGCGAGUUGCAAGAAGAGAAGGAGAGGGAAGAAAAAGAGAAAAAAGAAAAGGAAAAGAAAGAGAAAGAGAAAACUGAAAAAGAAAGAAAGGCGAAAGAGGAAAAGGAGAGACAGGCGAAAGAGGAACAGAACCAAAAAGAGACCGGGAACGAUGCGGACGAGGAUGAAGAUGUCGAUGAGGACGAUGAUGAGGAGGUUGAACAGGAUGAAAACGAGGAGGAGGAGGAGGUUGUUGAAUGUGAAGAAUAA